UCCUCUGCGCUAAAUAAAAAAAAAAAAAAAAGAAAUUCAGGCGGAUUUAACCCGAAACAAUAUCAGAUUCGCGGGUGCAAUAAAAAUUUGGGAUUCUCCGAAACGGCAUUCAGUGAAAUCCAGUGUCCAAGAAAAUCAACGAAUCAACACCUCUCCGAACAGAACAGAGAAGCCUUACCUUCAAAUGCACUCCAUUAUCAAUUUGAAAUUUAUUAGACUAAACAAACCUGAUUCUGACAUUUUAUCUUCCUCACAUAAAUCAAAAACCAACAAAACCCGCAACUCUAUAUGAUGAAAUUCAGCCACACCCACCUUUCGGAUCACCCGUUUUCCUGCUCGUGACUGGCUCGGCUUCACUUUCUCAGGAUUCGGUUCUUUUUUGUACUCCUUGUUUUGUUCGACGGAGUGAUGAUGGAGACCUUAUCACUAGGGCGGUUCAACUACCAUAGGCUUGAAUGGAAGCGGUGGUUCCCGGCGUUCUUGUCCUCCCACAGGACCCUUUUCAUGGUGAUUUGGAUCGCGGCUUUUGCCUCUGUUUUCGUGUGGCAGAGGAACCUCGUGGGCGGGUUCUUGGUGUUCCGGCAGUCCCCUGUGAGGCCCAUGCCGAGGCUGAGGCCGGUGGCGUUUAACCUCACGGACUUCGGAGGGGUCGGAGAUGGGGUCACUGUGAACACCGAGGCCUUCGAGAGGGCGGUCUCAGCAAUCUCCAAGUUGGGAAAGAGAGGUGGUGCCCAGCUCAAUGUACCUCCCGGCCGGUGGCUUACGGCUCCGUUUAAUCUCACUAGUCAUAUGACUUUGUUCCUUGCUGAGGAUGCUGAAAUACUAGGAAUUCAGGAUGAGAAGUAUUGGCCACUGAUGCCUCCUUUGCCUUCAUAUGGAUAUGGGAGAGAGCAUCCUGGACCUCGAUAUGGGAGUUUGAUUCAUGGUCAACACCUCAAAGAUGUUGUUAUUACUGGGCAUAAUGGAACCAUAAAUGGACAGGGUCAAACAUGGUGGAAGAAGUAUCGCCGGAAGCUCCUUAACCAUACUAGGGGUCCGCUUGUUCAGAUAAUGUGGUCAAGUGACAUUCUAAUCACUAAUGUAACUUUUCGUGAUUCUCCUUUCUGGACGCUUCAUCCAUAUGACUGCAAGAAUGUAACCAUCAGAAACGUUACAAUCUUGGCUCCCAUAGUCGAUGCUCCAAACACCGAUGGAAUAGAUCCAGAUUCAUGUGUGGAUAUGGUGAUUGAGGACUGUUACAUAAGUGUUGGGGAUGAUGGAAUUGCGAUAAAAAGUGGCUGGGAUCAGUAUGGAAUUGCUUAUGGACGGCCUUCAAUGAAUAUACUCAUUCGAAACCUUGUUGUUCGCUCUAUGGUCAGUGCUGGCGUAUCAAUUGGCAGUGAAAUGUCCGGUGGUGUAUCCAAUGUCACUGUGGAAAAUCUCCUUGUCUGGAACUCAAGGCGUGCUGUUCGAAUCAAGACUGCCCCUGGUAGAGGUGGAUAUGUGCGACACAUAACGUACAAGAAUCUUACAUUUGACAACGUCCGUGUUGGAAUUGUCAUCAAAACAGAUUACAAUGAACACCCUGAUGAGGGGUUUGACCCAACGGCUUUCCCAGUCCUUGAGGACAUAAGUUUCACUAGUGUUCAUGGCCAGGGAGUUCGUGUCCCUGUUCGCAUCCACGGGAGUGAUAAAAUUCCAGUUAGAAACGUGACAUUCCGAGAUAUGUCAGUAGGGUUAACAUACAAGAAGAAGCAUAUAUUCCAGUGUGCCUUUGUCGAGGGUCGUGUGAUAGGGACCAUCUUUCCUGCUCCUUGUGAGAAUCUUGAUCGGUACGAUGAGCAGGAACAGCUUGUUAAAAGCUCAUCUUCCCAGAAUGUAACUGACAUAGAUUAUGAUUUUUAAGGUGCAAUUUCUCCAAUUUAUUCCCUGUAUGAAAUGGUUUAGGUGGAUAAGGUUGGGGGUGAGGCAGCUCAUGUUGUUCCUAUGUUUUUAUUCGUAUCUCUUUCUCACUCCAUUUUUAUGAAGGAGAAAGGCAGGGCGAGAAGAACAUGGACAGAUGGAACCAAAGAGGGGCUGUCCUUGCUUAAGGCUUUUCUAAUCAUGGAAUCUGUAUAUAUAAAAAAUUUUCACAUGCUUGUACUGUGUACAUUCAUGGGAUUACUGGUAUUAAUAGUUGUAUUGAGACUUUA